AUGGAGGCUCUCAAGCUGCUCAAUCCAGAUUUGCUUGAUCGAUCGAUCGCGAAGGAGGAUGUCGUCUCCGGGUGUUUGGCGAGGCCGAAUAAGAGAAGGAUCGAAGCGGCGGGGGAAGAGGCGUACGAGGGUAGCGGCGUUGCUUCCGGCGGUGUUUCGGGGAUCGAUGGGCCGAAGAGAGGGGAAAGCAGCGAAGCGGCUGGGAUUUCGGCAGUGGAGCUCAACGGAAAAGAUGAAUGGUGUGAUGGGCGAAAAGGGAAAUGGGAAAUAGGUGGAUUGAAGGGUAAGGACGAAGUAGCAAACGGGAAUGAAGAAGAUGGUGAUCAGAAGAUGUUGGCGUGUUGUUCUCGUUUCUCUUGCACGAUUAAUGAAAGGGAAUGGCAGCAAGCAACCCAUCUCUGGACUGGUACGAUGUAGUAGGAUUAAUUGAAUAGUGUUAAGGAAAACUUGUAGGCUUUCUCUUACUUAACUGAACACUCAAAGUUGUGCAAUUCAUUGGUAAAGUGCAUAAGUUUCAUUUUGCUUUGGUUGUCAAUUUCGGAGGUGUAUUUGAUUUUAACUUUGCAACAAUGUAUUGAUUUUUAUCAUUCAUGUAUUUGUGUG